UUAGUGAAGAAAUCCAGCCAACCACGAGCAGGAGCGGGCUAAGGCGUGGCGGCCGAGUGGGAAUAUGAACAGCGUGAAACUCAACUGUCAGUGCGAGGAGCAGAAGGGAAAGUAAACACAUCGGGACGACUGACUCCACUAUCCCCGCUGAACAACUGAUAUCAGUCCAGUGUGUGUUAUCGGCGGAAAACGGCGUGCGCGUGACCGAAAAUGUCCCAGCAGGCAGUGAACGGGGUCCCGUGCCGGGGCAAGGUGCUGACUUUGGACAACAUGAACCCCAAUGUGAAGCGGGUCGAGUACGCGGUCCGUGGUCCGAUAGUCCAGCGGGCUAUGCAGCUAGAGAAGGAGUUGAAAGAGGGAGUCAAGAAACCUUUCACAGAAGUAAUUAGGGCUAACAUAGGCGACGCCCAUGCCAUGGGUCAGAAACCAAUCACAUUUCUCAGACAGGUCUUGGCUCUGUGUUCUUACCCUGAACUCCUGGAAGACAACAAGUUUCCAGAGGACGCCAAGAAAAGGGCACGGCGUAUUCUCGAGGCCUGCGGAGGCCACAGUAUAGGGGCCUACAGCGCCAGCCAGGGCAUCGAGUGCGUCCGUCAGGAUGUGGCGCGCUACAUAGAGAGGAGAGAUGGCGGAAUCUCCUCCAACCCUGACAACAUCUACCUCUCCACGGGGGCCAGCGAUGCCAUUGUGACCAUGCUGAAGCUGCUGUUGUGUGGUGAAGGUCGCGACCGUACAGGAGUGAUGAUCUCCAUCCCCCAGUACCCGCUGUACUCGGCCGCCCUGGCAGAUCUGGGUGCCGUGCAGAUCAGCUACUACCUGGACGAGGACAAGUGCUGGAGUCUGGAUGUUGCAGAGCUCAGGAGAGCCCUCAAUGAAGCCAGGCAGCACUGCAAUCCCCGCGUCCUCUGCAUCAUCAACCCCGGAAACCCCACUGGUCAGGUCCAGAGCAGACAAUGCAUUGAAGACGUGAUCCGAUUUGCUAAAGAGGAGCACCUCUUCCUCAUGGCUGAUGAAGUCUACCAGGAUAACGUGUAUGCAGAAGGCUGCAAGUUUCACUCCUUUAAGAAGGUGCUGUUUGAGAUGGGACCAGAGUACUCUAGUACAGUGGAGAUGGCCUCCUUCCACUCCACCUCCAAAUGCUACAUGGGAGAGUGUGGAUUCCGUGGAGGCUACAUGGAGGUGAUUAAUAUGGACCCUGAGGUGAAGGCCCAGCUCACCAAACUGGUGUCGGUGCGUCUGUGCCCCCCAGUCCCUGGGCAGGCUAUCCUGGACCUGGUGGCCAACCCCCCACAGCCUGAUGAGCCCUCCUACACCACAUUUAUGAAGGAGCGGACAGCGGUGUUGUCAAAUUUAGCAGAGAGGGCCAAACUAACAGAGGAGGUCUUCAACACGGUACCUGGUAUCACCUGUAACCCUGUGCAGGGGGCCAUGUACACCUUCCCCCGCAUCACUCUACCUCAGAAGGCCAUCGACAAAGCAAAGGAGGAAGGCCAGGUCCCAGACAUGCUCUACUGUAUGAGGCUGCUGGAGGAGGAGGGCAUCUGCCUGGUGCCAGGAAGUGGUUUUGGCCAGAGAGAGGGAACCUUCCACUUCAGGAUGACCAUCUUGCCUCCCACUGAGAAGCUGAAGGUGGUGCUGCAGAAGAUCCGCAACUUCCACUUGCGCUUCACACAAGAGUUUUCCUAACAAGCCACCACCUUUUAACUACAUCUCAACAAACUCCUUCAGCGCCAGUGUCUUCAAGUGCCUUUUUGUGAACGAGGCAGCAGUCUUUUAUGUGGCUUCCUGUAAUACGUACCUCUCACCUCAAGGCUGAAUUCACACAAUAUGAGAGAUUUUCACAUCUGAAGAACCUUGAACACUUGCUUGUUUAGACAGUUAGUGAAAGCUACGUAGACUUCCCUCUCAUGUGACAACUACAGCAUGUGAAGAUGUAAUGACUUCCAGUGCAUGAUGCACUUUCCCAAAGUAUUACCGCGCCAGGUUUGUGAUGUGCAACAAGAUGUUAUAGUGCUGAUUGCAUGUUGUUAAGAUAUUUUAGAUGGUGCUACAUGAGCAUCUCUCUCCUGCCAAGACUUACACAGCCAAAUCAGCUGUAUCGAUUUGAUAACAUGUUAGGUGAUUACUUGAUUAACCGCAGAGCCAUUUGUAUUACUAAUGUUUUAAUUGUUCUUAAAUGUGAUUAAAGAAAUCCUUGACUU